AUGGACAACAAAGAAGACGACCUGUCCAGUUCGGCAGGCAUCCCAACGCCGAACUCGGCCGGCGGCCAAGGCAACGCCGCACGCGGCAAGCAACGGGCGGCGCCCGACUCGGAACCGGCUGCCAGCACGUCCUCCACGGCCACACCGCUGUCCCAGGCACAGAUAUCCAAGCGGCGGCGCGGUAUCGGCGUGGUCACGCCCAAUGCCUGCAACGAGUGUCGCAAGAAGCGCGUCAAGAGGGACGUUGAGUGCGUGUACGAGCUGCCCGUCCGCCAGUCGAAAGAGGACCUCCGGAGCGAGAUCGAGGUCCUGCGCAGGCGCCAACGGUCCAGCGACGCCGUCAUCUCCGCGCUCAACCGCCCGGGCAUAUGGGAGGAUAUAUUGAACCGGUUGCACAACGGCGAGACAGUAGAGAGCCUGUCCGAGUAUCUUGAUACGGGCGCGCCAGCGACAGCCGCCUCUACUGCUACAACAAAUCCAAAUCCAAAUUCAAAUCCAAAUCCAAAUCCAAAUCCAAAUCCUAAUGCAGCGGCACUACAAGCAACCAGCACGACGUCGACGAAUACGCCGUCGCAAUUCCAACGCUCGCUGCCGAGUGCUGCGUUCCUGGGCGGUGAGGCCCCGACAUACGUGCCCUUCUCGCCAGGAAUGACGCAGGGUGGGCAGUCGAGCGGCGGCUCUGGUGGUCCUGGCUCGAGCCAGAGCAUCAGUGAACAACAGCUGCCUCAUCCGUAUCAGCAGCAUCAGCGACGUUCCCACCACCAGCAACAACAGCAGCAACAUCUCCAACCCCCACAGCAUCAACAGCAUCAGCAGUUUCAACAACAUCACCGACACCAGUCGCUCCACCAGCACCAACAGCAUCAGCCGAAUCAGUCGCACCUCCAGCAACAUCACUUUGAGCAGCUGAAUCAGCAGCAUGGUAGUCCGUGGGGCGGCGACCCCUACUCGGCCACGAGCCAGGCACCAUCCACCCAGAGCGACUCACGCCAGGAUUGGAACAUGCCGCCCGAGUCCCGCGUCGGGUUAUGGGUCGAGGGCGUCGGGCCAGACGACCAGUCCGGCUCUGGCGGUGGCAGCGGCGGUGGCGGCGGCGGCGGAGGCAUGGGUGACAUGAGUUCCGGCGGGAUCCCACGGUACCGCGGCGUCGACCAAAUCCUCGCACCCGACAUGCCCGACCUCAAGUUGCCGACCACCACGUGGACCGACAUCUCGGAAGAUCUCAACCUCGUCCAGCACCUCUUGGCGCUCUACUUUUGCUGGGAGUAUCCGACCUUUGCCUCCCUCAGCAAGGAGCACUUUCUCUCCGAUUUCCAAGAAGGCCGCCCCCGCUACUGCUCGCCCAUCCUCGUCAACGCCUUGCUGGCUCUGGGCUGCCGCUUCUCCACCCAGCCCAACACACGCGCCGUGCCCGACGACCCGUACACGUCCGGCGACCACUUCUUCAAGGAGUGCCAGCGCUUGUUCUACCUCGAGGAGAACCACCACAGUCUGACCACCAUCCAGGCGCUGGGCAUCAUGUCGAUUCGAGAGGCAAGCUGUGGUCGCGACUCCGAGAGCUGGUACUAUGCCGGCCAGAGCAUCCGCUUGGCCAUUGAGAUGGGCCUGCACCAGAUCCGCAACGACGACGGCGACGAAGACGAGGUUGCCGUCAAGGCCGCCACGUUUUGGGGCGCCUUUGCCCUUGACCAUGCUUGGUCCCUUGCAACAGGAUCCCUUCCCCAAUGCUCCUGCUUCCCGCUUCUACCGCCAAAGCCUGCCAUCAUUGACGGCAUCGAGGCUUCGCACUGGAUCCCCUACACGGACGACGGCGCACCUUUGCAGCGCUCCUGCCAGCAGCCGUCAAACGUACGCUCGGUAUACAAGUGCUUUUGCGAACUCAGCGAGCUUGUGCACCAGUCCCUCUAUAUUCUCCAUUCUCCUGGGCGCCCUCUCACCAGCCGCGAUCUUCUCCACAUCUAUACAAAGUAUCUCAACUGGUACGACUCCAUACCAGAAGUCUUGCGACUCGGACACAACUUCACCCCGGCUGUCCUGUUCGCCCACAUGUACUACCAUUUCGCGAUCCUGCUGCUCUUCCGGCCCUUGAUCAAGCUCCGUAUCAUUGGAUCCAGAAUCCUGCCUAAAGAUGUCUGUCUACAGGCCGCCGAUGCCAUCCAGGGCCUGCUCCGCUCCUAUUCCCAGCUCUACACCUUGCAACGAACGCCGUCCUUUGUACCUUACUUUGUCCUUACCUCGUCCAUCAUGCACCUCGCCAUUGGCGCCUCCACAUCGGCCGAACUGCCGCCGGGCGGCGACAUUGCCGCUGCCAUGGCCAACAAAGCGUCCACCUCUCUUGCCCGUCGUCCCAAGGACAGCGACGAUCAGAGCAUGCACAGCGUAAGCGGUGAUGGAGGCAGCAGUAACAGCAGCACCGGUGGCGGCAACGGUGGCGGCGGCGGCGGCGGCGGCGGCAGCGGUGGUGGUGGUGGUGGUGGAAGUGGAGGCGGUAAAGGAGCACACCACGGCGGCGAGGACUCGAACGGCGGAGCAAGCAACAACAACAGCCCCAGUCCGGGCCGUGGUACUACCAAACUCGACUCCCGCGUGGUCGAGUCCAUCAACCGCGGCAUCGCCGACCUGACCGCGAUGGUGCCCUGCCACCACUUUGCCGAACAGGCCCUCAACAUCCUGCGCUACCUGGCGAAAAAGUGGAACAUUGACAUCCACAUUACCCCCGUCACCAAGUCGUCCAGCGGCAGGCUCAUCGAGGACGCCGACAGCGACCGCCUGCUGCGCCCCAUGACCACAAGGCUCAACUUUUUCACGCCCAACAUCGAAGACAGCGACUUCAACUGCACCUGGGGCGUGCUCGAUGCUGGCGUCUCCAAGGGUUUCUUUACCGGCGGCAGUGCCGCAUCGGCGUCACUCGCCAAGGCCGCCGACAAUCUUGACAAUCCGCUCUUCUGGCCGUUCCCUAUGCAGGGCCGGCCGGUUCUGCCUCUUGGAAAGAAGCUCGAAGAGGCCGGCUUUGCUCUCUUGUAA